CUCCUCUCCCAGCGCCUCAGGAUGAAGACCACCGGCGUGUUGUCUUUGCUGGCCCUGUUGGUGGCCGUCUGUGCUGCUCAGGCCCCCAAACCCUGUGUGUCUCCCCCUCUGCUGCAUGGAGGCUUCACGACGAUGUCUGAUGAUGGACUCAUGGCGUCGACAGGAACCAUGUCCUACGAUGCUUUCGGUCAGAGGGUGAAGAUGUCCGUGUCAAACCUGACAGGAAAUGGAACCUCGCCCAUUCAGCGUGUGCUGCUCUUUGGCAAGAAAGUCAUGUAUGAAAUCAACUGGAGGACGUUCUCCUGCAGGAUGAAGCGGCUGAACGCAACCUUCCAACCCAUGCGUGUCCCUGAGGACGCCCAGCUGUUGGCUCAGGUGGUCAUGGGCUCCUCCUCCAGCUUCGGCAUGGGAGUGCUGGUCAACAACUGGUUUGGCACGCUGCCAGGCAACGCCCUGUACACGUUUGUCUUCACAGAGGUCGGCUGCAUCCCAGUGGCUUACUCCAUCUACACCCCUGAGGAGGGAUGGAAUACGAUCAGCACCUUCAACUGGGUGCUUGGCACCGUGGACCCUGGGGAUUAUAUCCUUCCAUUCUUCUGCCGCAAAGCCAAGCUGGAGGAGUCAGACGCCCCUGAGACCAUGCUGACCGCUCUGAAGUCUCUGGUCCGAGAGGCCAAGGGCAUGAAGUGACAGGAGAGCAUCCAUGUUGGCCCCGGAUGAUUCAGAAUAAAGUCACGAUGGCUUCAA